AUGGUCAGCUUAAAAGAUGCAUUAAAGUCGUUGAAAACGCCAAAGCCAGUUGACUUUGAUCCGGAAGACUUUGAGCGACAAAACCCAGACAGUGACGUUGGUUCUGAUAACGAAACCGAGUUUGACCAAAAGCAACGUGAAGCAGAAAAGAAACUUGCCCGUGCCCAUUAUGUUGAAGUCGGGAAGAGUAAGCUUCGAAGCAAAAACGAUGCUGCUGUUGAACUGAAUGGAAAUCGAUACAAUGGUGCAAGAGUUUCAAGAAAGGACCUAUACAAAAAUAAAGACAGUGAAGACGAUGAUGAUGAAGGAGAGAGUGAGGAUGGAAGCGAGGAUAGUGAAGGUGAAGAAAGUGAUGAGAGCAAAGAAGAAGAAGAAGAAGAGGGAGAUGAUGAUGACGAUGAAAACGAUGAAGAGGGAGAUGAUGAUGACGAUGACGAUGACGAUGACGAUGACGACGACAAUGAUGAUGAUGAUGAUGAUGAUGAUGAUGAUGAUCAAGAUAAUGAAGAAGAUGAAGAAGAAGAGUAUUCAAAAAAGACUACUCAAAUUGGCGAAAAGAAGCGAUCUCAGCUUAAAGAGCUUCUCAAGAAUGAGCAACAAAAACUUGUUUCGCAGAUUUCCAAAACAGCUAAGGACGAGGCUCAAAAGGGAGAAGGAAUCAAGAACCAAAUUAAAAUUUACGAAACCAUUCUCGACUCACGCAUCAAGAUCCAAAAGGGUCUGGUGGCUGUCAACUCACUACCACUUACACAAACAGCAACCAAAAAGUAUUCUUCAAAAUCAACACCUAAACUUUUGGAACAAGUCACCAAUAAUCUCUACAGUCUUCUUGACAGAAUUGCGGAGCUUCGCAAGCAAAUGAUGGUCAAGGAUAGCAUAAUACCCGAAGAUAAUGAGUCUGAAGUUGAGGUUAAACCCGGUAAACGAAGUCUGGAAGUUGCUUUCGGAAACGAGCAACUUCUUGCCAAGCGUCUGAAGCCAUACAGUGAUGCAGUGCUGACCAAGUGGUCAAAGAAGGUGCAGGCUGCGUCGGGUGUUUCUGCACUGAAUGCAUCCAAGUUUUCUAUCAAAAAUACCAAUGCGCAGUUGCAGGUUGCUUCGCAUCUCGCAGACAUGGACAGAUUGAUUAACCGAACUAGAAUUAACAGAUCUCAAAUUAAAAUUCUUGGAGAAGGCGAAGAAAAUGUGGAAGAAAAGGAAGAGAAUGAAGAAGAGGAAGAAGAAGAAGAACUGGAUGAGAAAGCCAAGAUCAAAAAGAGAAUUGAAGAGCAAAAGCGUCAAAAGAAGCUAAAACAGCAGCAGAUUCAGUCUCAAAAGAAGAAGCAAAAGGAGGACGAAUCUGAUGUUGUAACAAGUACUGAUCUGGAGCUCAAAGAGCGGGAAGAAAUCUACGACGACAUGGACUUUUACCGUGCACUUUUAAAAGAUCUUGUUGACCGACGCAUGGCUGACUCGAGUGUUGCUUCAAGCGUCAAAUGGACCAUUACCAAGUCGAACAGUCAUGAUAAGGAAAAGAAGAAUGAGGACAAGUUUUCCAAAGAUCGCAAGCUCAAGUUCAAUGUGCAGGAGAAGCUGCAGAACUUUGAUGCACCGCGCAACACGAUUCAGUGGAGCGAUGAGCAGAUUGACGAAUUGUUUUCCGGACUGUUUGGACAAAAGAUUGAGGUUAGUGAGAACGAGGCCGAGGAAGAGAGCGAGGCUGAGGAAGCUGAGGACGAUUACAUUGUCAACGAUGGACUUAAGAUUUUUGGUUAG